GCAUAGCAGCCAAUAGAGCAAUGCAGUAUAACCACCUGGCAAAGGAGAAGAACAUCCAAAAUGCACAAAACUGCUUGCAAACAUGAAUUUUGUGCAUUUUGAUUGGCUCCAUAAAAGUGUCAUGGUGGAAUUUGGAUAUUGUUUUGGAGUUAGAAUAUAGGCUGCAUUUUUCUGAUGGCUCUGAAUCCUCUUUGGAGAAAAAGGAAAAAGAGAGGAGGCAGGGAUCUGGUUGCAGUGAUAGAGAAAAAGGAAGGAAGGAAGGAAGGAGAAAAGCAGCAAAAGGUGAGAAAGGAUUGGGGCAGCUUGGAUGCCUCUGAUCUCCUUGCACAUCAAAUGCAAGGCUGCAGGACUUUGCAAGAGGGAGGCUCCCUGUGUUUGUAUUGUGUUUUUCCCCCUGACAGCUGCACUGAUCCUGGCUUGCUGAAACCCAGCCCCACUUUCCACUCCAGAGAAGGAGAGAGGAGGGAACUGGUUCCCAGUGAGUCCAGAAGCAGCCUCUCCUUGUGUGGCUCUGUGUGUCAAGCUCUGCAAGAGAAGAGGCGGAAGCCAAAGGGAUCCUUUUUACAAAAGAAAAGGAAGAGACUCCACUUCCAUCCUGCUGAGUGCUGUAUGUAGCUAUUCAAGGGCUGCUGCCAGAGAUGAGCAGAGGUAAAGAUGAACCAUUUUGCACGCCAACCGAGGGUGGAACUAUUGCUCUCGCUACUGCUGCUGCUUCAGAUGAGAACAAACUAACCGACCAAAGAUCAGAUCCAGAAAGACAAGUUUGCAUUAGCCCUGGCAUUACAAUCCUUACAGACAGUACAAAGCGAGUCAAGCUCAGUAGCACUAGCCAGGAAGAAGACAGCCAAGAAUGCCCUGGGAUGUCACAGCAAAAGACAAAGAGCGCAACUGGCCCCUCUGUUACCACAGAAGAGAAACGGAAAAAACGUUUUUUUGGCAUACAGUUUCCCAAGAGUAAAAAAGAAAAAUGUACUCCUCAUGAGAAAAUGGCACCAACAUGUACAGGCACCAGCCACAAAGGGAAACCUGCAUUAAUUGACAAAGAAGACAAUAAACUUUGUACAAAGAAAGCUCAGAGAGACAGUUCAAUAGUGUCUCAACCCCACCAAGAUAAUUCCCACAUUAGUAGAGGAAAACUGUCUACAUCAGUCAUCUCUUCCCCCAUGGAAUCCUCUGUAGAUUUCGAGGAGGACAUGUACCGUGAUGCAGAAGAACUAGAGAGAGAAAAAGUGUUACUUGAGUGUGGGACAGGCUCCUCAGAUUUUCUAGAAAAUAAGCUAAGUGUUGAACCUGAAGUAGACAUUAUGGAUUACUGCCAGGAAGAAUGGAGAGGAAAUACUGCUCAAGCCAAAUGUAUACGAAAGGGCUACGAAGCAGUUUCACACAGAUUUAUUUCAAUCAGAAGAGUACGAGGGGACAACUAUUGUGCUGUCAGAGCGACAUUGUUUCAAGCCCUUAGCCAAGCUACUCAGCUUCCAGACUGCCUCCAAAGAGAGGACAUGGUGAUGCUACCACAGAAGCUGAUCAUCAAAUAUGACUGGCUUGGGCAGUGGCAACUCAGACAAAAAUGGACUAAUAAUGUUGAAAACCUGGUGGAUGAAAUAAAAGAAUGCUUAAUGCUACUAAAGAGAAAGUGGAAAACCAUGGCUGAAAUGAAAACCCACACAGAGAGGCAAGCAGCUUGUGAUGAGCUUUUUAGAAGUGAAGAUGAUGAGUACAAACUCUAUGAAGCUGUGAAAUUUCUUAUGCUAAGCACUGCUAUCAAAUUAUAUGAAGAUAAUGAGAAAGGAAAAGAGGUCCCUGUGUUUGCUUGGCUUCUGUUUGCUCGGGAUACAUCCAGCAAUCCUUCCCAGUUAAUGGAGAACCACUUAAAUCAGCUUGGUCACACAGGAGGCCUUGAACAAAUACAGCUCUCUGAAUCAUCAAAGGCAAAGCUUGGAAAAAGUUACAUUUUGGACUAACGUUCUCAGAAUUCUGCAACAGAUUGAAAAACAGAGCAUGGUGGCAGAUGGCCUUGCAGACUUGCAAGAUUUUAAACCAAGAAAAACCACAUAAUCCAGAAAUGCUAAAACCUAAUUCUUAUUUAAUAAACUUCUCUGUGCUGAGUCUUUUAAAGUUCAAACAGUAUGUGAUGUUAAAUAAAGUUUCCUCAGUCAUUUAUUUCACAGAGCAACCCUCCUUGAUG